AUGGCUGGGGAUAAAGGGAAUCCUGGCUCUACCGAAUCUGCGCAGCCAUCUGCAGUGGAUAGAAGUGAGAACCUGGCUUCUGACAUGACACCUCCAAUGAGAUCGUCUGCCUCGGUGCGGAGAACAUACGGUACGCUCGAAACAUCUUCACUUGAAGCGACUAAUUCCGAAUUACGGGAUGACAGCCAAGAAGAAAGUUCAAGUCGCGCAUAUACUACCCCCGACAAGUCCCGAAAGCCCUCAAUGUCGCGUCGCAUGUCUUCCAAGCGUCAAAUUCCCCACAAGGGGCAAGGGUUCUCGACCGAUGAUGAUGUCAAUGAGGUGCAACAAUAUAUUACCAUGAAACAAGGCACAAACACCCAACAAUCUCCUAGGAUACGUCCAUUAAGAACGCAAAGCUCAACCUUGAGACGACGUCCCAGUGCCCGCCCUAGUCCUCUAGCGAGAGCCGACUCAGAGGGCUACAUCACAGGUGAAACAGGUUUACCCGAGCCGAGUCUGGAUUUUGAAGAAGAACUUCCAUCCUUGAAACAGGCCGGACCCAACAGCGGGGCGGGGAGUGAGGACGACGAUGAGGAAGAUGACAUGGAAGAUGACGAAGGUGCAGCCAGCGAUGCUGAGAGCUUCACACUCAAAGACCGUCAACAGGCCAUCAAUGAAACACACCCAUUUGGUAUCAGGCUCUGGAAGCCUGCACUGUACAAAAAGAGCCGUUCUGUGGAGAAAACGGCCGAGGGUGAUAUCCACUCAUCUCCGGGGGGACACGUAAGUCCCAUGCUCUUCCUGACCAAUCUAUCAUGGUCUUUGUUCUUUGGUUGGUGGCUUGCGCUUUUUGCUUUAUUGGCCGCUAUUGCCUGCUUUUUCUUUGCCUACUCAACAAGUGCUGUGGCAUACGGAAGAGUAUUCGCCGGUCUUUCACGAUAUUUAUUGUACCCAUUCGGAUCAUUCGUUCUUUUGGAGACGGAUGAAAAUUAUGCAGAAGAAGAUGAGGGCGAGGGACGCAGUAUCAGCGAGUAUGAGCAAUGGCAGAAUGGCGACCUGGAACAUGGUCGCCUGUUCUUCGGGCCUCGCAGAGAUCGAUCCCUAGUCGGUAGGCGAAGAAACAGCGUCGAUUCGGCCGGCGAACAAGACAGUCUGCUUGGACGACCUCAGCGUGGGCAACGCGAGGACUCUUCCCAGAUUGGCCAAUCCAAGCGUCGUCUUUUCGGUCGUGGCGAAUGGACGUUGGGUCGUGUCGUCUUCUUCGUCUUCUUCUACUUCCUGGUUGGACCGCUGAUGCUUAUGGUGUCAUUAGUUUGCUGGCUUCUGGUCUUUUGGAUCCCCAUGGGCCGUGUGACGAUAACUCUGGUGAGCCAUCUACGCAGACAUCCUCUAGCACUCUCCUUCCAUUCCGAUUCCACAUAUGCGAGAUCGAGCACAACCACAUCUUCGUCUUCCAUCCUUCUUUGUACUUACCGAGCUGCGGGAACGAGAUACUGGAAGUACACCGUGGAUGGAACCAAUAUUUUCCUGAUAAACCUUCUCGGUGUGGUUGCAUUUGUGAUUUUCGACUAUCAUAUUCUUGGCAACUUCCUGGGUUUGCAGAACUGGCUUACGCAUCCAGGUUUGGUCUUCCCUCUCGCCCUGCUUUCAAUCAUUCCUCUAGCCUAUUUCAUUGGACAAGCUGUUGCAUCAAUCUCCGCUCAGUCUUCAAUGGGCUUAGGUGCUGCCAUCAAUGCUUUCUUCUCAACUAUUGUAGAGGUAUACCUCUACUGUGUUGCUUUGACCGAGGGUAAAGCUCAGCUUGUUGAAGGAAGCAUUAUUGGCAGUAUUUUUGUCGGCAUUUUGUUCCUUCCUGGUCUGUCCAUGUGCUUCGGUGCACUCAAACGCAAAACUCAACGGUUCAAUGUGAGAUCAGCAGGGGUGACCUCAACGAUGCUAUUGUUUGCGGUGAUCGCUGCUUUUGGUCCUACUCUCUUCUAUCAGGUCUAUGGCAGUCAUGAGCUGAACUGCCACUCGUGUGUCAGUUCCCUCGAUACAGGUGCCCGAGACUGCCGUCGCUGCUAUUUCUCCCAAACAGCCGCUAUCAAUGAUGAAUUCUUUCAAAAGGCUGUUCAGCCAUAUGCGUGGUUCGCCGCUGUCUUCUUGUUCCUGGCGUAUGGGAUCGGCCUAUGGUUUACUCUAAGGACGCAUGCUGCUCUUAUAUGGGCUUCAGAGAUGGAAGAAAAGAAGAAUCUACAUGCCCAAACUAGCCAAUCCGCUCAAGAUUCAUUCUACGAACCACGGCAUCUGCUCUUCCCGAAUGGCCAACCCGAAGCCUCCGGUGCUGCUUCUGGUGCCGCUUCUGGAUCUAAAGACUCGAUUCGCGAAUCUCAGCUAUAUAAGCGCAUCUUAGGUCAGUCCUUGAAGCAUAUUGGCUUGGAAGACAUUAACUCAGGUAAUUGGGAAGAUAUUGGAAGUGAAUCUGCUGCAGAACUCAGAAGCAAUUUCCCGCAUCUAGUGCCCCCCACCCGAAUGGCGAGGACGGUUGCCCUGUGCCGAAAUCUGUACGAAGACAAUGAACGCCUAGUACGUCAGUUCACAGAAGUGGCGGCAACAGCCGCAGCAGUGGCUGCUCGCGAUGCGACCCGGAGUCGCAAACCCACUGGUCAACACCAUCAAGCUUCUAUUCGUCAAGCCAGUCGCUCUGCUCCAGAGCAAUCCCGACCUACUCCUAGAGAAGAGCUCGAAGAUCUCGGAUUAAGUGUUGAACCAGCACAUGCUAGCGGAGGACACGAUGCGCCCAACUGGAGCAAGAUCAAAAGUUCUAUCAUUCUUCUGGGAGCAACUGUCCUCUAUGCAGUUAUUGCUGAGAUCCUUGUCAAUACAGUUGAUAUUGUACUAGAGAGUGUGGAUAUUGAUGAAAAAUUCCUCGGUAUCACUCUCUUCGCGUUGGUACCCAACACUACGGAAUUCUUGAACGCCAUUUCCUUCGCCAUGAAUGGCAACAUCGCCUUGUCGAUGGAAAUUGGAUCCGCAUAUGCACUGCAAGUUUGUCUUUUACAAGUUCCUGCUGUGGUAUUUUUCAGUGCGGUCUAUGGCCGCUCGCUGGACCCCUCAGAACUUGUCAGCCACUCAUUCAAUUUGAUCUUCCCUCAGUGGGACAUGAUUACCGUUAUCCUGUGUGUCUUCUUGCUGUCAUAUGUAUAUGGCGAAGGAAAGAGUAACUAUUUCAAAGGAUCAAUUCUUGUACUAACUUACAUUGUUGUUGUACUUGGCUUCUAUCUGUCGGGCUUUGUGAACAUGGACAGCAUGGGUGUGGACCGGUUUGAUACACUGGCACUGGGCAGCACUGGCAGUCCCGAGAAGUUCUACACCAUCGGACGGACACGAGGUGGACCAGCCUACUAG